GUCGACCUUUACCGCAUGACAGGAAUGUGGCCCAAAAAAUGUAAACUUUUGGAUCAAACAUGAACAUGGAUACGUUAGGUAAACUGGCUGCUCCUGCCACAGCAAAGAUCCGGCAGCUUCAGAAGAUUGUUCAAGAUAUCAAGAAAAAUGAUGGCAGCUUCUUGAAUAAACUAAAAAGGCUGACAAACAAACCGGUGCCCACAGUGCCGGCGAGAGACUACAGAGAUGACCACAGAGAAAGCGACGAUCAUCUGUCGGAUUCUGAUUACGACAAUGACACAUAUGAGGAUCCACGUGAUGACGACAGCUACGAACCUCCUCCUAGCCACAGAGUCUUCACCGCACCUCCCUCUGGUUCCUUCCCAAGGGGCGAGUAUGUCGACAGCCCACCCAAGCGGCCACCCAAGAAGCCCCUCCGCCCAACUAAGUUCAAAGAGCUACCCCCUGAACCCCCAAACAUGGGAAGUGAUGAAGAGGACUACAUAAAUCCAGAUGACGAUGACAACUAUAUAGAACCUUCAGAGAAUUCUACUAGCAGGAACAGUGGGAACAAAGCUACAAGAGACCUUCCCAAGUUACCACAGCGGACUCCGAGUCCCGAUUUCUAUGAAGUUCCUGACAAAGAGGACAAUUCUCCAGCUCAUCCAGGAAGCAGAUUAUGUCCAACCCCAGCAAAACACUCACCAUCUUUACCACCAAAACCCAGCCCCAGAGUGAACAUGAGGAAAUCUCCCACGCAUGUCCAGGAGACAACUGAUGGGGAUGAAUAUGAAGUUUGCGAUCCAGAUGAUAGUCCUGGGAGAAAUCGUCCUCCACGUCUACCUAAACCUAUACCCAGAGAGAGGUCACCAAAACCACCUCUAGGACCGAGGCCAGAUUUAAAAGCAAAGGACUUUGAAAGCAAAACACUGCCUUUGGCUCAUAAUGAACAGAAGACUCCUCCAAAAGCUUUUACGCUGGACUUUCAGCGACCAAAAAUUCCUAUUCCACAGUUUACCUCCCCAAAGCCUCCUGAAAAUGACACAGGAGAUCAAGAUAAGGAUGCAGACAUCUAUAGGAAACCCUGGUAUGCCAGUGGGUGCGACCGUAAAAAUGCUGACGAUGCCUUGUUUCGCUCGAAUAAAGACGGAGCGUUUAUGGUGAGAAAAAGCUCUGGUCAUGACGCACAGCAGCCGUAUACGUUAGUGGUGUUUUACAAUGGCAGAGUGUACAACAUCCCGAUCCGCUAUAUACCAAGCACUCAGCAGUAUGCUCUGGGAAGAGAGAAGAAAGGGGAAGAGCACUUCAGCAGCGUCUCUAAGAUCAUUGAGAACCACCAGAGAAACCCCCUGGUGCUGAUUGACAGUCAGAGCAAUGCCAAGGAAGCCACCAAGCUAUGCUACCCAGUGAAGCCCUAGGCGACCCUCAGUGACUCCAAACAGCAGAGCGAUUGGUGCCAAGCGACUCGGUCCACUGUGUUUGCUGUCAGACUUUACAGAGGUCACUGGGGCUGUUGCUCUGUCACUUAAAAAGGCAGGUUUGAAACACACCCGAGUGCAGAGCUUGAUUGUUUCAAAACAAGCACAGGAGUCACCCAGUGCGGGUGUGCAUGAGAACCUCACCAACACGGAAGCUUCCAUUGUGUUAUGUUAAAGAUUAUUUAGAUUGACACCCUGGCGAGUGAUGUGACAUCACAGUGUUACACUGAUAAUGAAUCGUCUUUCCCCAAUUUUCUGAGAACUUGACAGAAUUCCUCACUUGUGAUAAUUAUUUUUUUUCCUUUUGACCUAAUGCAGUAUCAAGCGGUCUGACACUAUACACUGUAUAUGAUUUUAUGUAUGCAUUUCUGCCAAACUGACUGUGUGUGAAAAGCAAUCCUUUUUCUAUUGUCCACAAUGACACCUCGAACUGUAAAUCUACAAUUAUAACUUGCCGAAUUGGCAUAAAUAAUGUACACAGAAUACUAUAAUGUGUCUAGAGCUGGACUUUGAGCUCUAUGGGGGACACCAACCAGGUUCAGAAUAAACCGCAGGAGCACGCAAUGGGAUUUCAAUAAGCGUGUCAGCCAGACAACACAAAUUCAAACCCAUCCCAACCCUUAAUCUGUGGCUAGGAUGUUGUGCAGGA